AUGGCGCAGCAGGCUGCGAUGCAGCAGCAGCAGCAAGCACUGCAGCAGCAGCAGCAGCUGGCAUGGAUGCAGCAGCAAGGCAUGCAGCCAUCAGCAAUGCAGCAGCAGAUGGCAUGGAUGCAACAGCAGGCCAUGACGCAGCAGCAAAAUGCGAUGCAGCAGCAGGCAGCAAUGCAGCAGCAGUACACAGCCCAACACCACCUGGGCGGGAUGCCCCAAACAGGGCAAGUCGGCGCUCCUCAGGUGGGCAUGCACCAGCAAGGCGUGCCAGGGCAGCACCAGUUUCAGCAGAUGCAGCAUUGGCCUCAACAGCAGCCGCAGCAUCACCAGCAGCAGCAGCAGCAUCAACAGCAGCAUCCACAGCAGUGGGCCCCUCAUCAGCAGCAACACAUGGGCGACUUGCCACCGCUGCCUGGCAUGGCGCAGCAGCAGGAGUGGGCGCCGCCGCUGCCGCCUAUGCACCACGAGCAGCAGCAGCAGCAGCAGCAGCAGCAGUUGCAGUGGCAGCCAGUCAACCAGGGCAUGGAGCACCCACCUCUGCCGCCGCCACAGCAGCAUGGGUACCAGCAGGAGUGGGCUCCCCCAGGCUCGGGGCAGCACCAGCCCCCGCCACCACCACGGUUUGGGGAUCAGCUGCCACCAGAGCAGCAGCCGCAGGAGGAGUGGGUGCCGCCGCUGCCUGAGCAGCCCGGGCCGCCCCUGCCGCCACAGCCCCCACUGCCGCCACUGCCGCCACCCCAGCAGCCGCACCAGGAACCUCAGCAGCAGCACUGGGCCCCCGCGGGCCCGCCUCAGCAGGUGGCGCCGCCGCUCCCCGCCCAGCCGCAGCCAACCGGACCCUUGCCACGCCCCGCGGCGCCUCCCCUGGCGCCGCGGCCGCCCCGGCCCGUCGACCUGCGGCGCCUCCUCUACCCGCCCCCCGGCGCCGGCCCCACGCCCCGGCGGCCGCCGCGGCUGCUGCUGAUACUGCGCGGCAUCCCUGGCAGCGGCAAGAGCUCUGUGGCGCGCAAGGUCAAGGAGCUGGAGGCGCAGAGGGGCGGGCCCGCGCCGCGUAUCCACUGCAUUGACGACUACUACCUCACG